GUGAGAUGGUAGCUCUACAUUUGGGUCAGACUCUAACUCAGCUUUCGCCAGACAAGGAACCUGCUGAGAAAAUGGAAAUUUCUUCACCUGUGCAGGAGACCCUCACUCAGCUUUCAGAGUUACCAACAGAUAUCGUUUUGGCUCAGGCUUCAGAGCAUUUGGAAGGACCACUUUCAGCAUCAACUCGGCAUCCAUCAUCAGUCCGGGUCACGACUCUCACGGCAGAACCAAGUAGGGAGAGCAAAGCUUCUACGACCCUGAAGAAGACUACCGCUCCCACAGAGCACACUGUGACAAAACCAACAGGGAAUGUGCGGACUCAUUCAAUCGCCACUAAGAUUUCAGCUCUACCCAGUCUGGGGGUUUUGAAGACAGUACCUUCUCCAACCACACAGAAGACCCCAGGUCAGACUUCUAAUCAAAAUCAACCUUCUACACAUCAAUAUAUAACUGUACCUUCAGAACACACUGUGAAGACUAAACCCUCGACAACCCUGACAAGUACCAGUGCUACAGAACACUCAGAUGUGACACCUAUUACACCAUCUCUGAGUCCUCAUUCAAACCUGAGUGAAGUCACAUAUCCACCUAUAAACAAGGACGUUACUGUCACUGAAGGCAGUUCAGUUACAGCUCCAACCAUGCAAGAGACUGGAGUUCCGUCUUCAAAGGCCCCAAAGAAAGCUGAGGUAACAGUUUCAACAAGUACCACUCUGACAACCCCCACAGAGGGAUUGCUGUCAGAACAGGGUCAGCAUCAACACACAGAUCUGAGUGAACAGACAUCUGUAACUUUGGACGAAACGCCACAACCAGAAACAUCAAGGACAGCUUCCCUGACUCACUCUUCAGCCCUAUCUUCUGGACGAUCUACUUCCGAAAAGGCACAUGUAGAUUUCCCUGAGCAACUGCAACAGAAUGAACACAUGACCUUCAACAUAUGUGAGCUCUGUACCUGCACAGAGGAUACCCUCUCCUGCACCGGUCUCAGUCCAGAGAAGAGGCUCCGUAGAGUGCCUGUGCCAGGGCCCAACAUCAACAGGACCUUCACUAUACUAAAUUUCCAAGGAAACUCUAUUUCUUCCAUUGAUGGAAAUACAUGGAAGGCAUACCCUUGGGUUGAGAAACUAAUCCUCAGUGACAAUUCUUUGACUGAAUUACAUAAGGAUUCAUUUGAAGGCCUGCUAUCCCUCAAGUACUUAGAUUUAUCUUGCAAUAAGAUACAGUUCAUUGAAAGGUGUACAUUUGAAGCACUACCAUUUUUGCAGCAUGUGAAUCUUGGUUGCAAUUUAAUCACUGAACUGAGCUUUGGAACGUUUCAGUCCUGGCAUGGAAUGCAGUUUUUACACAAGAUAAUUCUCAGUCAUAAUCCUCUAACAACUAUUGAAGAUUCAUAUCUUUUUAAAUUGCCAGCAUUAAAAUAUCUAGACAUGGGAGCAACAUCAGUGUUGCUUGGACCAGUCCAAAACAUCCUCAUGAUGACUCUUGAAUUAGAAAAACUGAUAUUACCUAGGCAUCUCACCUGCUGCCUCUGUCAAUUUAAAGUUAUUAUUGAAAUCAUGUGCAAGACAGUCAAACUACAUUGUACCACUCAAUGUUCUACCAGUACCACACACUGUGAUGAGGAAGAGUCCAUAAGCAACACCAAAGGGGACUUCAUGAAGGUUUUACAGGCCCGAAAGAGGACAACCAGCACCGAGCUAACCAUUGAAUCGGAGAACACCUCGCCAGAGAGGAACAGCAUGUCCCUUUUAGUGAACGAGCAGCUAGACGUGAAUGAUGAGAGUGAUAUCAGUACUGGGCUAAAUUACAUAGUGCCUUUUCUCCUGGAUGGGAACAUAGGAGAUUUUGAAUCAACAUUGUUAUCCUUCCAGCUGCGGUCCCUUAUCCCCAACAAUAACGUGAGGAAGCUCAUUGCUCACAUGAUGCGGACUCUAAAAACGGACUGCUCUGAGCCUCAGUUGAAGCUGGCAUGUGCCACGCUCCUCUCUGAAACCGGCCUCCUGAUGAAGCGUCUCAGUGAGCAGGAGGAAGGAAAGGUUCCCAAGCCAGAAUGGGAUACGGACCAGUGGAAGACUGAGAACUUCAUCAAUGACAAUACCGAAGGCCAGGAUGAACAGAAACAGCCAGAGGAAAGUGAGCUCACAAAAGAAGUUCCAGGAUAUGGCUAUAAUAACAAAUUAUUCUUGGCAAUAUCUGUGACUGUACUCGUGAUGAUAUUGAUUAUAAUUUUCUGUCUCAUUGAGAUUUAUUCUCAUAGACCAGAGGAGUGUAAAGAUGGAAGAUCCAGGAUCUUCUUUGGAUUAUUGCUUCGUAGGAGAAGUUCAGUGGAACAUGAGCCUCAGGAGGACUUUUUCUGGCGAAGGCGGCCCCUGUGGUUGAGGGACAUGUAUCAGCCACUCAAUGCCAUACGUCAGAAAAACAUGGCACGGAAGCUACACGACAAGGAUUCCUCUGACGAGGACGAGACUUUCAACAGAAACCAAGGGGAGCUCAGAGUAGUGAAAACAGAACUGACUCCUGAGGAGAAAGCAGCCAAGGAGACCAAAGCAGCCAUGAAGUCCCAGGGAGCACGGAAGACUCAGGCACCUCAGCGCCCCCCACCACCACUUGUCCCCCUGGCACGACAGACCAACAAAUCUCUACAUGACACCCUGACACCACAGACUCCCCCCCAGUCACGACAGUCCAUCAGGUCUUCACAGCCCCUCUCAGCACGACAGUCCAUCAAGGCUCCACAGGUCCCCCAUGCACGAGAGUCCUUCAGAUCCCAGGAGAUCCUGUCAUCACUGGAGAUCUCAACUCAGAUUGAUGAGGAGCAAUAGGAACCAUCACCGGAGGACAUGGUGUUAGAGGCCCCACAGUGAACGCAAAAGUUUUAAAAUGUGCUACCAGUAUAAAAUGCGUUACCAGUAUAUCCUGGCCAUUACCAGUCUUACAGGAUUGUGGAAUACCAAAUUGAAAAAAUGGACUAAAACAAUGACGUGAUACAUUAUUAAAGGCC